UUUCUCUGUCCUUCUGUAUUUGAAAGUCGACUUUAGAUUCGCCAGCGAGUCUAAUGAUUUCUGAAGGAUGCUCCAAAUCAGAGCGCGGUUGGUAACCCCGCGGACCUUCGGCGAUAUACGGACAUGUUCUCGCAACUACCACAACCCUGACUAACGACGUCAUAUACUCCAGUACGGGCCUUUUCCAUGAAUUUUUUUCUGUUCUCUUCGUCAACAACAACGGUUCUCUAGAUUGGCGGUCAUAUGAAUUUAUGAUACAGCUACCCUCAGUACGAUACCUUUGCACAAUUCACGAUGCACGUAUAUCUACUGUUCGAAGAAGCAUUGCCCUCGCGGCACGAUUACAAAGCACAAGCACAACCUCUGCGCUCCCGAUUCUUAUGCCUCCCAAACCACCAGGCGCUGUUCGCCGUCGGCGUGGUGGGAUAAACCUUGGCGCUUACCCGCAGUUGCUCUCAAAUAAUCACCCGAAUACCUACAUCUCCCUUGCUUCACAGCCGGUGUUCACGUCCUUCCAGGAAACUCCAAAACCUGGGGAAGUUCCGUUCAUGAAAGAGGUGAUACCUGCGGAAAUGACGUCCGCUCCUUUGUCAACAAGGGUGGAUGGGAAAUCGAAGAGGGUGUUGAAGGGGAUUGAGUUGCCGGAGAUGCCGAUGCCUCCAGCGAGCGAUGAAUGUUGCAUGAGCGGAUGUGCUACAUGCGUGUACGACCUCUACACCGAAGUGCUCGAGGCAUACCACGCCGACCUCCUCGUCGCUCGUCAAAAGCUCACUGCUGCUGCUGUUCCCGAAUCCCUUUGGCCAGAAGACGUCCUAUCCUCCGGCACGGACGGCAAAUCAGCGGGGAAGAAAGCGAAAGAAGCGGUGGAUGACGAGAUCUCCCGAUUGGAUGUGAGCUUGAAGGCGUUCUUGGCUAUGGAACGGGCGUUGAAAACGAAGAGGGUUGGUGAUGAGGUCUGUCUGACCGUGGGAAACGCCGGGUGAUGAAAUGUACGCGUCGAUCUCCACAAUUGGGAGAACGUAACAGGCGGUAUCCGAGAUUGGCAUCGGAGGCGGACGGUGCGAUGUAAUCCUUCGAUGAGAAGAGACAAGGUCAAUGUCGGUUGAGUCUAUAUUGGGGUAAUCUCCGGUUUCGGAAGGCUCCGACCAUGGGCGGCUAUCUAUGAAGAUCGAGACGAGCCUCUGAUCGGGGAGAUCCCAACAUCUGCGCCUAUUACUGUAUCAUCUAGUGUUUAUUUGAGAAUAGAUUUUUU